AUGGCGUUUCAGCUUGAGGGCAAGGAUCCUCUCGAGCAUACUACUCUUUAUAAACGUGCCGAAAGCGAAAAUAGCGAUGUGGAAGGUGGACUAAGUAAUGUGAACAAACUUGUAAUCCGUCCACUAGGUCAUAGUGGUAAAGCAAAAAGGGGUCACCUGUGUUUUGAUGCAUCCUUUGAAACUGGUAAUUUGGGACGUGUUGAUCUUGUUUCUGAGUUUGAAUAUGAUCUUUUUAUACGGCCGGACACUUGUAGUCCACGAUUACGACUUUGGUUCAACUUUACUGUAGAUAAUGUGCGCAAGGAACAACGCGUAAUCUUUAAUAUUGUUAACAUUUCCAAGAGUAAGAAUCUUUUUCGGCAAGGCAUGACACCUCUAGUAAGAAGCACUAGCCGAAUCAAGUGGCAGCGACUACCAUUGAAUCAGGUCUUCUAUUACAAGUCCAUGCAAAAUCAAGAUCACUACGUACUUAGUUUUUCAUUUGCCUUCGAUUAUGAAGAUGAACUCUAUCAAUUUGCACUCACUUAUCCAUACUCGUACACUAGAUACUUAGGUCACUUGGAUAAUCUGAUAUUAAGGUAUCCCAUAAUGAAAAGGGAAACUCUAGCAAAUUCAAUUCAGAACAGAAAGAUUGAACUUUUGACAAUCUCGACUGAAAAAAAAAUUUAUAUGACUACUGCGAAUCAACAUGAAAAAGAGCAUCAAUCACGAAAAGCAGUUGUGAUAUUUGGACGAGUUCAUCCUGGCGAGUCACCGUCGUCCUUCAUAUGUCAAGGGCUCAUAGAUUUUCUCGUAAGUGCCCAUCCGAUUGCUAAGAUUCUUCGUAAGUACAUCGUUUUCAAGAUCGUUCCCAUGCUGAAUCCAGAUGGAGUUUAUGUUGGAAACCAUCGAUCAACAUUGCUGGGAAUGGAUUUGAAUCGUUCAUGGAGUCGAAUCUCAAAAUGGAUACAUCCAACACUUUUAGCCUGUAAAGCUUUACUUACGUCACUUGAUAAAGAUCCAAAAAUUCCACUUGAUUGCGUACUUGAUCUUCAUGCACAUUCAAAUGCUACUGGUGUUUUUAUAUAUGGAAAUACAUAUGACGAUGUUUAUAGGUACGAACGUCACAUAGUUUUGCCUAAGUUUUUAACUCAACUGGCAGAGGAUUAUGAAUUAAGCAAUACAAUGUAUAAUCAAGAUUCUCAUAAAGAAGGAACCGCAAGGCGAUUUUUCUGUUCAAUAUUAAGCAAACGUGUUAAUUGUUAUACUCUACAUGUAUCUAUGUAUGGUUAUACACGAAAAGGAACAACAGAAAUAUUGCCAUAUACUGAAGAAAGUUAUUACAGGAUUGGAAGAAAUUUAGCAAGGGCCCUGUUAGAAUAUUAUAAGCUAAUGGGCUUAAUACCAUUUGGACUUCCGGAUCAGCCGUCAAAUAAACAUACCAGUCGUUCACGUACACGAUAUUGCGUGCCACCACAAUUACGACCAAGAACUGCAAGAGCGCUUGCACCUCUACAUCUAGCCGUUAUUCACGAGUACUUUCCAGUAGAGGAGAAGGGGAAAUUGAAUCUUGGCACUGCUUUAGAGCAGUAUAAACAGCAGCGGUAUCAAUCAAUGAUUCGUAUGAAUGGCGAUACAGGCGUUGCUACUGCCACGUGACGUAAGUUUCACUACUACAAAGCCAACUCCGAGAACCGCAGCCGGCAAGCCUUUAUCCACAAAAAAUCAAGUAAAGAGCCGAAUCUCACCAUAAUCGAUCUUAAUCAGUUGACUGAAGGUGGCCUGGACCUUGCCAUUGGCAAAAAUAAAGUGAAGGUCGAUUUACAACAGCCAUCACCCAAACGGAAAAUCCACCUUAAAAAACAAUGAUUGAAUACAUAUUUUUUUGUUGAUAUAUAAGCUAUAAAACUAUUCCUUCUUGGAACUUUCAAUAAUUCUUAAAUCUCA